UUGAACUGUAUGUUAAAAGAAGUGUCGGAUUUCACUCACGCAGAAACGAGGAAUCUGGAAUAAACGCAUUUUCUUCACGAAUUCUCACACAAGAAUAGGGCCGCACAUCGCCAGGAAUUACAACAAUCCUUCGAAGGGUUCGCGGGCCUCGUCGAUGGUGCUCACCCACUGCUUCCUCUGGGCUGAUCGCCACCCUGCUUGCUUACUUAUAGACUGGUGUCCAUCGUCUCACUUUGAUUCGCCCUUGAGUUGUGCUGCUUUUUCUGUCAUUUCUUUAGGUACCCAUCUGUAGCCGAAUAGAUUUGUCGUUAGUUUUCGGGGUUCUGAUAGAUUGGAGGCUUCUGGGAGUGGUGGUGCUUUGUUUCGAUUUGGAGUCCUUGUGGCUCCAUCAGAUUGCGAGUUGAUUCCCAAUUUAGACUUCCUCUUGUCGUGAAUCGCGCUACGAUUUUGAGAGGGUUUGGAGCAUUGGAGCUGGAAUCUUGCGAGAGGGAUAGGACACAGUGGCUACGCGUGGAAAUACUUAGUUCGUCUGCAAGUUUGGGCCUUCACCAAGAAUCCAAUCGGGGAGACAAUUCUUGCCUGUUCUGUUUCUCCCUGCUGAGAGUCGCUGGAGGGCGUGACUGAUUGCUUUGUUGAUUGAGAAAGGCACAUCUGGACAGUUAGUCCGCAAGUCCACAAUGGUUGACACUGAGAUUUGUUACACUGGAGGUCCUCAACCACCAUGGCUGGACAAGAACGCUUGGUACAUUCCUGUGCAAGUUCCCAAAGAGCAAGUCGAUCGAAUGCCAAGAAUCGCAUUGCAUAAAGUUGAGCUCAAAGUGCACAUGUGUUGCACCAAAUGUGCGGAGAUAGUGGCUGAAGAAAUCAGAUACUUGGGCGGAGUUUUUAAUGUGGAAGUUGACCAGAAGAACUCGAAGGUGACCGUAACUGGAAGACCAGACCCAGAUCGAGUGCUGAAGAGAGCAAGGAAGGUGGACAAGCACGCAUCGUUCUGGCCAAAACCUCCACCCCCUGCAGUGGAGAAGGUCAAGGUUGAAGAAAAGAAGGAAGAGAAGAAAGAGGAGAAGAAGGAAGAAAAAAAAGAAGCGAAGAAGGAAGAAAAGGAGGAAAAGAAGGAAGAGAAAAAAGAAGAAAAGAAGGAAGAAAAGAAGGAAGAAAAAAAAGAAGAGAAAAAGGAAGAGAAAAAAGAAGAAAAGAAGGAAGAAAAGAAGGAAGAGAAGAAAGAAGCAAAGAAGGAUGAAGCACCGCAAGGUCCCGCUGUGUCACAUAUGCAGUACCCUCCGCCCUAUUCCACUUAUGAAACCUAUGGAUACCCUUCGCAUGGCCUCGACUACAGACCGAGCCAAUCUUACACGCCUCUCUACCCCGACUAUCAUAUGGGCUAUGGCCCACAAAUUCCCUACUACAAUCCUUUCUACCUCAAACACGUCAAGAUAGAAUAUUAAUCGGGCAGUUCUGAAUAAGCAUGUCUGUUCGUGUGCGAAGCAUUCAUGUGUUGUGUUUGAUUCUGAGACGAGGAUAGUGUAAAUUCAAUUAGAUUGCGUAGCUUGCUUACCAGGUUCAAUUUGAAGUCAAUGGUGCGAUCAGAGCUAGGCUUGAACACAAAAGAGGAUUUACAGGUUAACACUUCCAUUUUCGCUUUACAAGAAAGCCAUAGUCUCAAGCCGUUGUUUGGAGUUGGUGCAGUGCAGGUAGGGAAUAGAGAGCUACUCACGUGCAGUCAUAGCCCCACUACAAACCAAGUAAGGUGUGGUUCAUUGUGAAUAAUUUUCAACAAAGCCCUUCCAGGAGCUGUGUGGCAAGGAGUCUACUCUAAUCAAAAGCUCUUGAAGUUGGUUUUGUUUUCAAUUUA